UGCCUGCUUUUAGCUUCAAGUGGAAGUCCAUUACAUAGUUCAAUUUGGUAACAUUAAAAAUCAAUACGGUAUUAAGCUAAGCCAAUUUUAAAUUCCAAUCAAGUUUGCUAGGUUUCCUUGUGAUUGUGUUACCUACACUCAUGUAUCUACAUGUGUAGACGAUAUGAAUAAUUUAUCCAAAAAAUAUUUAAUACCCAUUACAAUCGCACUUUCCUCUUUGUCAGUGUACUACUUAUGGAAGUCCACUGAUGUAUCAUGCAUUUCCUACCCGAAUGCUUCGUACACUUACAUUAUUGUAGGUGGGGGAACUGCAGGAUGCGUUUUGGCAUCACGUCUAUCAGAAAACCCGCACAACAGAGUCCUCCUCAUAGAAGCAGGCGGGCACAUUAACAACUUUUACAGCAGCAUCCCCAGUUUGUUCGUUUUUUUGCAAAAAUCCAAAGACGACUGGUCGUACGAUUCGACCUCGCAAAAAUGGUCGUCGUUUGGAUUCAAACAGAAGAAGCAAGCGUUGGCAAGAGGUAAAGGACUGGGAGGCUCUGGAGAGAUAAAUUGCGUAAUUUACAACGGAAUUCAUAGAGAUACUUUGAAUAAUAAUUUCAGCAAUUUUAUCCGAGGUUGCGGCCCGGAAACUUGUCAUUAUUUAGACAAAUUGAUUCCACCUCAACACUGUACAACCACGCGCAAGCCUCACUUUCCUUUGUAUCUAAAACGUAGCAGUCCCAAACUUGGGGAGGUAGCAAAGCAAGCAGUUGAAGAGCUGGGUGACCCAUCCAUUAGAUACCACGAAGCUUUAAGUACUAUUUUUAAAGGGGAGCGUUGGUCGACGUAUCGCAGCCAUUUGAUACCGGCUAUCGGUCGUCCUAAUCUUCACAUACUGUGCAACGUUGAAGUGGUUAAGAUUAUCUUUGAAAACCGAAAGGCAAUUGGCUUGCAAUAUUUAGACGGAACCAUCUACAGUGAAAAGGAGAUCAUUAUCUCAGCGGGCAGCAUAAACACCCCCAAGUUGUUGUUGGCUUCCGGUGUUGGGAAUAAAACAGAACUCGACAAGCUGGGCAUAUCAACGAUAGCAAAUUUACCAGGAGUUGGUUUAAACUUGCAUGAUCACUUUUCGAUGCCGAUAUAUGUUCACAUUCAAGCACCGCUUUCAGUGACGAUGCUUAAAAUGUUAAAUUUGAAAGAGAUUUUUAAUUAUCUGGUGUACAGAGAAGGUCUAUACGCAUCAUCUCCGGUGAUGGCUAUCGUUAAAUCACGCAGAAGUUAUAAUAUAAUGUUUGCGGGUAGUACACCGGAAGAACCCUUUUUGUCGGUUUCGAAUUAUUUACCCCAGACUUUUAGAACACUUCUGCCAUUUUCGAAUAGUUUCUCAAAGGAAGGUAUGAUCCUUUUGGCAGGUUGUCGGAAACCGAAAAGUCGCGGCUUUGUUAAACUGGACGUUAAUAAAGAGGUGGUCGUAGAUCCGCAAUACUUACAACACGAGGACGAUGUUCGUUGUAUACAAGAGGGUGGGUAUCAAACGCAAAUGUAUUUGCAUAAAUUGCACAUUUCAGCUGUGGUACUGGCUUCCAAAAUUGUGAACUCGACCGCAUUCCAGAACAUCGGGGCUUCGAUACAUUUGCCAGAAAUUGAAAAUUGUAACUACACCAGAAGCUUCGAGAAUGAAAAGUAUUUGGAAUGCAUUAUUCGUACAAGUGCAAUAACAAGCUAUCACCAAGCGGGUACAUGCGCGAUGGGAAAACACGCACUCGCCGUUGUUGAUGAUUAUUUUAGGGUGCACAACCUUAAAGGUUUGAGGGUAGUUGAUGGAAGUGUUAUACCAAAACCGUUAAAUAAUUUCCCUAAUACCGCCGUAGCUGUAAUUGCGGAGUAUGCAGCUACACUACUUACAUAAUUAGUUAGUAGAUCAUUUUACAAAUAUACCUACGUUAAUAAAUACAA